AUGGAGUUCCUAGGGAGCACUUAUCAAAGCGGGAUAAACGAUGCUACUGCAUGGGCAAAGGUAGUAGAAAACACAACCUCCAAUUUUGCUAUUAUCUCUCAUGCUACGAAAUUCGCGGAAAACUUUUAUUUCGUUAGGAAUCAAGGAUUGGACCUGCCUAUGCUAUUAGAAUUCAACCUCAAGGAAAAGAGGCUGCUCCACGUUAAAGAGUUAUAG